AACCGAAAAGUCCAACUUCUCAUUCCCCCUCUCUACCUCUACCUCUUCUUCCCCAGGGAAACCACGUUUUCUCUCUCUAGAACUUUAUUCAUAGCCCCAAAUUUCCUUUGACCUCCCAGUUUUUCAAUUCUCUUCUCCUCCAAGCUUCUUCUCCUUUUUCUCCUCUCUAGUUUUCAUCUUCCUUGUAUUAUUCUCCCAUUUUCAGUUUUUAUUGUUAUCGAUAAAAAGAAAAAAGAAAAAAAACACUUAAAAAGGUGAUGGCUGGUCGUUUCGAUGAAAACCCGUUCGCUGAAGAAGGAGAAGAAGAAGUUAAUCCUUUCUCGGAUCCAGCUGUGAGAGGGAAGGCAUCUGGCCAGUCUAAAUUUGGUGGAGGUCUAUUUUCAAAGAAUGUUCCAAGUGCUCCACUUGCAUCAAACUCAAGACUUUCACCACUACCUCCUGAACCUGCUGGUUUCAAUUAUGGUCAUGAGGCAACAAUUGACAUUCCUCUUGAUACAGCUUCAGGAGGAUCACGUUAUCAGGAUUUGAAGAAGAAGGAGAAGGAACUUCAGGCUAAGGAGGCUGAACUGAGAAGGCGGGAGCAGGAAGUGAGACGGAAAGAAGAGGCAGCAGCAAGAGCUGGAAUUACUUUGGAAGAGAAAAAUUGGCCCCCAUUUUUUCCAAUCAUUCAUCAUGAUAUUGCAAAUGACAUACCAGUUCAUCUACAAAGAUUGCAGUAUGUUGCAUUUUCAACGUUUUUAGGGUUGUUUCUGUGCCUGCUGUGGAACAUUGUAGCUGUUACUACAGCAUGGAUCAAAGGAGAAGGUGUGAGGAUCUGGUUCUUGGCUAUCAUCUACUUCAUAGCAGGGGUUCCAGGAGCGUAUAUUUUGUGGUAUCGGCCGCUGUAUCGUGCUUUUAGGAAAGAAACUGCUUUAUCAUUUGGACGGUUCUUCCUAUUUGAUUUGCUUCACAUCGGAUUUUGCAUCUUCGCUGCUGUGGCUCCUCCUAUAGUUUUUAGAGGGAAAUCACUAACUGGAAUCCUACCUGCAGUAGAUCUUAUCAGUGACAAUGCGUUGGUUGGGAUCUUCUACUUCAUUGGGUUUGGAUUAUUUUGUGUUGAAUCAAUAGUAAGCAUUUGGGUUAUCCAGCAAGUAUACAUGUAUUUCCGCGGCAGUGGUAAAGCUGCUGAGAUGAAGCGCGAGGCUGCCAGAGGAGCUAUGAGGGCUGCCAUCUAAAGGCACAGACACUAGCUGCAACCAGAAAUAGGGUAACCUCAUGUGUUGAUUCUCCUUGUAUGCACAUUACCCAGGAAGGAACAGACAGAGCUUGUUAUUUCUCGUUCCUGGCGCAUUUGUUUUAUGGAUCUCUGUUAUUUCCUGUGAAUGUUUUCCUUUAUAUGUAUAUUUUUGGGUGUGGAGUUUGAUUAGCAAACACCUUAUACAAAGACAUUGAAUGAUUUUCAUGUAUAGGAUGUCUCACUUUGCGAUUGGUUCAUUGUGUAAUGUCUGGUUAAGAACAUCUCAGUUUCAAGGGUAGAGACAUUUCCUUUUCAAUACACUUAGGUAGCGUUUCGUGCUUUA